AUGCUACUGAUCACAUCCCAUAUUGAAGGUAAUUAUCCAAGGUCCCAUAAACCUGGCCAUCUUAACUUGGUGUCAAUUGAUCACUAUUCUUUCUCGCCCCAUUCUUUCUACUCAGACGAUCUUGGUUUCCCGUACAAGUUGUUUACGCUGCAUCUGGACGCCGUCUUGUUGCCCGCACCUCACCUCAUCUCACCUACAACCAUUCACGGUAUCAAUUUCGGCCGAGACCGUGCUGGGGCCGUCUGUGGCCCCUCACCUCCUCCGAAGGAUGGAAUGGAAGUCGGCUCCAACCGAAUUUUCCUUCGCUACCACUUCUUUGGCCAUGGAAUGCAGACAUCUCGUCUGAUCCACAUGCCACUACCAUCGGAACGGGGUCGUAUUAUUAAGGUCUGUUUGCUUUUAUUUGUAGUCAUGCCUAGUAUAUAG